ACAGAGCUGAGUGAUCACUGGGCUAGGUUGUGUUUCUUACCUUACCCGACACACACAACACUUGCAAACGGGCACACACACGCACUCUCCACCACAUCUCAGACAUUUCGAUACCCCCCCGGCUGGCCGAUCGAACACUGCCUGGCUGCGCCUGUUCGCCUUACCCAAGAUCACCAACCCACAGAAGGUUUCGUUUGGACCGAGACGGACUAAUUCCCAGCGUCUCCCACCCUCUUCUCUGGCCGGUCGAACUUUUCUUCGCUUCUUUCUCCUCGCUUGCGACGAACUGAAAAAAAAAAACGAAUCUUUCCUCAAUCAAGCAAGGAAGAAGAUUUUCCAUUUCCAUUGCCAUCCAGUGGUCACUUCAAGUCGACAUCACCACCAACUGUUACCUACUUCUACCCAAACAGCAGUUGAUCAGCAAUCGCUAAACUGCAAACAAGUCAACCAAAUCCAACCAAUCAAGAUCACCACGGCUACUACUCCAGUCACUCGCCAAUCGGUCAAAGGCAACGCAACAAAGCGAAGCAUCCAAAAUGUGCGGCACCAAGAUCUCGUACGCGUGCUCGACCACGCUCAUUUCGCAGUCGACCACAUGCUCCUGCGCAAAGGUCAUCGCCUGUGGCAAGAGCACACUGUACUGCGGCACUUGCAGCCACCCUCGGUGUAAGGAACUCCGAAGCGAGAGUUCGGUAAGGGUAUAGGAGUAAUGUAACGGCGGGCCCGAAUUUCCCACCACGAGUCUUGAGUUCUGGGGACUCGGCUCGUCAUCGAAUCUACAAAAAGCAGAACUCCUGGCCGGUACCAGAACAAGCUAGAACACAGACGAGACAAGAAGAAAAAGAGGGCUGAGAGAGCCAGAGCAAGCACACAAGCUAGCAAGCAUGGAGGAGGAAGAGGAGAAGCAGAACUGGAGGCCAACCUAACCCAAGAGAUGAACACGGUGGCACAAACGGGGCGAAUUGUGUAGGAUACAGCAAGAAGCAUCACAAGCAAGCAGUAGCAGUAGCACGAUAGAUGCGCUGCACGGCGGUCAUCGAGGUCAGGAAGAGGCACGAAGCCCACCGGCUCGGAACAAGACCAAAAAUAUGGAUGGGUUUAACCUGGACGGACGGGCUGGCGGAACGGACGGGCGGACGGGCUGGCGGAUUAUACCUUGGGGCGCUCGGGAUACAUUUGUUAUGGGCAUUUUGCAAUUUGCAAUGCCAUC